AUGGCCAACUCCAAGAAGUCCGACGAUGUUCUCGACGAAAAGUCGUCCGCCUGGACGCAAGAGGUGGUGACGCCCGGGAAGCUGUCCAAGGCUGUCGCUGUUGUCCUUUUUAUCCUCCCCUCCUUUUUCUCCAAGCCGUUCCAGCGGUUUGUUCUUCGGUCCAAAUCGGGCGUCGAGCCCCAGCCUUCUCUAAACGCGACAUCCUACCUCGAUGGCCUGCGUGGCAUGGCGGCCCUGAUCGUCUACAUGUUCCAUUACAGCUAUCGCUGGUAUGGCAGGCUGGGACACGGCUGGGGAUCGGACGAGGCCGACCACUGGUUCCUCCAGCUGCCCAUUAUUCGAGUCAUCCAUUCCGGCCGCGCCAGCGUCACCACCUUCUUUGUCAUUUCUGGAUUUGUCCUCACCGUGAGGCCCCUCACCCUCCUCCACCGUGGCCAGCCCGACCGCUUGUUCGACGCUCUUGGCGGCGCCCUGUUCCGUCGUCCCUUCCGACUCUUCCUACCCAUCACCGCCUCGACGGCAAUCAUCGCCACGCUCUGCCAGCUCAACGUUUUCAACCGCUACGCUGCUCCUCCCACUCACGCCAACACUCCAGGCCAGCAAUUCCAGCAUUGGAUACGGAGCUUGGUGGAUCUGUGGAAUCCCUUCGGAGCCAUCAACGGGCGUAAAACCCGCUACGGCAACCCUUACGAUGGAAAUCUGUGGACCAUCCCGGUCGAGUUCAAGGGAUCUGUCCUUGUCUUCCUGCUCCUGCUGGCCCUCCUCAGGGCCCGUUGCUGGAUCCGACUAAUGGUUGUUGCCACUUCCACUUGUUGGCUCAUCCACCGAGAAGACUUCGACAUGGCGCUGUUUACCGGCGGUCUCUUCCUCGCGGAGCUGUCCAUCAUCCUUCCCCCUGCCAGGGCACGGGCAGCCCCCACCGGCCGCUGGGGACGCCUCCUUGCCCUCGUAACCCGGCGCGAGAAGAACGCCCGGCUUAUGCACCUACUGAGACACGCCGCGACUAUUGCCUGCUUCCUCGUCAGCUUGUGGCUGACCGGCUACCCGCAGGACAACGGGCAAAAGUCGCCGUGGUAUCAGACACUGUCCAAGAUCACACCGACGGUUUUCGCGACAAAUGAGGAGUCAAAACAGUUCUUCUGGUUGGGGUGCGGCUCGCUGCUCCUUUUCGCCUCUCUCAUGUACUCGCCGCCGCUGCGCAUGGCGACGGCCAGUGAUGGCAUGAGCCGGGACAGCGACCCGUACUCGCCUCAGGCCACCUCGCUGCUCGGCCAGUCGCCUGUCUCAAACGAAGACCAGGGGUUCAAUCCUGCCGCCCAGCCUUUGCUCCAGCGUCCCUUCACGACCCGCUUUGUCCAAUAUCUCGGCCGGCAUUCGUACUCGCUCUACCUCGCACACGACAGCGUCAACCACGUUGUGUGCAACAGCUACCUUAGGCCGGCGAAUGCUGCCUUUGCGCAAGCAGAGGCUGCCCACAAGCAACUGGUAGCCGAGGGGAACCGGAUAGUCGAGGCAGCCGCCCUAAUGGAGGCGGCACAGUGGGCCUAUUGGCGCACAUUCCUGCUCGCCACCUUCAUGAACACUUUGGUCUUGUUUUGUGUCAGCGAUCUUUUCACACGGGCUGUGGAUGUUAACUGCGUGAAGAUGGCACGACGAUUUCAGCGAUGGGCGUGGGGCAGGUCAUGAAAGGGAGCCACACUGUGGCAUGUAUUAUUAGUGCACUCAGUCGUCCGCUUUUCUCUUAUCUUCUUUUCUAUCUUCUUUCCGUCUCGUUUCUGCCCUGGAAGGCGAUCCCCAACACGAUGAGAUGUGGACUUUUGCCAUGGAGCAUGUUCCAGGCGUAUGGAACUACAUGCUGAGCAACUUAGCUCUGUUCAGGUUACCCCGAGGCCUUUUGCAUUUUUUUCUGCUGUAUUAAGUAACCCUGUUCAUUUUUUGUAGUUGAUCACCCAGGCCCUGUGAUUUGCUUGGAAAUAUGCAGGCUAAAAGGAGUUACAAGUUCCUUCCGUGUCCUUGGCUAAACAGUUUGGUUCCGGAUGACUCGUGUACCGUUUUUAGCGCCGCAUUUCUUUUUAACUACCAAAUCCGGUUGGCCACGAGCACGUGGGUCGAAAGCGUCUCGGGUCCUGAGCCGGCAGUUCACCAUCACUAGCUAGUGGGCCUUGUGGGCAAAAUAAGAGGCUCUUCAGGAACAUCAUGCCAUCUUUCCUGCUCGGAUCCGAAUGUGUGCAAAGGCCGAAGCAGCUCGGCCAGAAUUGCCAAUACCGGAAAGUGCUGGCACACCAAC